AUGGCUUACGGUGUCACGCCAAUGCUGGACUGUUUGUCACACUGGAUAGGGAUGGUAAUUUUAGGGAGGGUCCCGGUAAUCAGGACAUUAGAGUGUGCAGCGAGUGUUAGUGAAUCAGAUUCUCUAGCAAGGUUGGUACUUACAGCAGUUGACUGCUUCAAACAUGCUGCCAACACAGGCAGUAAACGUUCGUUUAUUUACAUCGAUUCAUAUUCGAAAUGUGAUCUAUGCAAGAUUUGUAGGAAUGGUAGAAAGUAG